UGUAGGUGCCGGUAGCUGGCUUGGUGCUCCUCUCAGCUGCCCACCAUGGCCUGGGGGCUGCCCAGCACCGCCAGCCUGGUGCGCUUCUGCCAGAAGCUGAAGCAGCUGAAGACACUGGAGGAGUCCACCAGGGAGACGGCACUGCAGCGCCACCUGACCACAUGGGACCUGACCCUGCUGGGUGUGGGUGCCAUGAUGGGCUUCGGCCUCUAUGUGCUCACAGGCAUUGUGGCCAAGGAGAUGGCCGGCCCUGCAGUGGUUGUGUCCUUCAGCGUGGCUGCCGUGGCCUCCCUGCUGGCAGCCCUAUGCUAUGCGGAGUUCGGGGCACGUGUGCCCGGCAGGGGCUCUGCCUACCUGUUCACCUACGUCUCCAUGGGUGAGCUGUUGGCCUUCCUCGUUGGCUGGAUCAUGCUCCUCUGGUGCCUCAUUGGUGGCGCCGCCACGGCCCGUGCCUGCAGCAGCUACCUGGACUCCACUUUCAGCCACCGUAUCCGCAGCUUCACCGAGUCCCAUGUGGGCAUCUGGCAGGUGCCCUUCCUGGCCCAGUACCCAGACUUCUUGGCUGCUGGCAUCACACUUUUGGCCUCCGCAUUCAUCUCCUGUGGAGCCCGCGUCACUUCCUGGCUCAGCCACACCUUACCUGCCAUCAACCUGGUCGUCAUCCUCUUCAUCGUCAUCCUGGGGUGUGUCCUGGCCCGCCCGCACAACUGGAGCACUGAAGAGGGCGGCUUUGCACCCUUUGGCUUCUCUGGCAUCAUGGCUGGUGCCGCCACCUGCUUCAAUGCCUUCCUGGGCUUUGAUGUCAUUGCCACCUACAACGAGGAGGCCCAGAACCCAAAGCGAGCCGUGCCUAUGGCCAUCGCCAUCUCACUUGGCCUGGUGGCUGGCGCCUACAUCCUCAUCUCCACUGUGCUCACCCUCGUGGUGCCCUGGCACAGCUUGGAGCCUUUCUGGGCGCUUGCUGAUGCCUUCUACCAGCGGGGCUAUAGCUGGGCGGGCUUCAUCGUGAUGGCUGGCGCAAUCUGUGCCAUGACCACUGUCCUGCUCGGCUACCUCUUUGCCCUGCGAAUCAUGGCCUGUGCCAUGGCCACCGACGGGCUCUUCUUCCAAGUGUUUGCUGACAUGCACACCCAGAUGCAGGUGACCAUGGUGGGCAUCCUGGUGUUUGGGGUCAUCAUGGCUCUCCUGGCACUGCUGCUGGACUUUGAGGCACUGGUCCAGUUUGUGUCCAUCAGCGCGCUGCUGACCUACACCUUUGUGGCCACCAGCAUCAUUGUGCUACGCUUCCAAAAGCCCCCUCCAUCCAGCUCCAUGGGCCCAGUCAGCCCUGUGGGCACAGAGCAGGCCUCAGCCUCUGAGCCCGGGCAGCUGCGACCAGCCCUGAGGCCCUACCUCGGCUUCCUGGGUGGGUGCUGGCCUGGAGCCACUGUGGCUUGGGCACUCGGUGUCCUGGUGGCCUCAGCCAUCACUCUGGACUGCGUGCUGGUCUUCGGGGACUCGGCCCUGCACCUCCCGCUCUGGGGCUACACCCUGCUGCUCCUGCUCAGCUCCGUCAUGUUUCUGCUCAGUCUCCUCGUCCUGGGGGCCCACCAGCAACAGCGCCGGCAGGACACCUUCCAGGUUCCCCUGGUACCGCUGACUCCAGCCCUGAGCAUCCUCCUCAACAUCUUCCUCAUGCUGCAGCUGAGCUCCCUGACCUGGCUGCGCUUCUCCAUCUGGCUGCUGAUUGGCUUGUGCCACCCUUGCAGGACUCGCGGUGUAUUUUGGCUACGGCAUCCGGCACAGCAAGGAGAGCCAGCGGGAGCGGCCGGGGCUGACUGCCCCACGCGGCAGCCUGGAGGAGACGGUGCAGGCCCUGCAGCCCCUCAGCCAGACACCUGUCCAGAAGCCCGGACACGCAGAGCAGCCCACCAGUCCAUGAGGACACCUGGGAGCCUACCCUCCCUCCCCCACCACCUCAGGAGACUGGAGAGGCCAGCAGCCCCUGCUGUCUGGGGCAGCUCAGGUUUGCAGGCCUGCCCAUGCUGGGGGGUCCUCAGGACCACAAGACCUUAACCCAGAUGCUCAGCUUCGAGUCCUUGGGAGUGGGCCAUGGCCAGCACUGGUGUGGUGGACUCUUUGCCCAGUGCCUUCCAGUUUAUGACCAACUCCAGCUACCUGGGCAGGUGGAGUAGGGCCGGCAGGGAAGAGGCCCAGAGCCCCAGGGAUUCACAAUAAUAACUGCUGG